AUAUGGAUGACGCGCGGUGACGUCACGCUCAGAGCCGGGGGGAAGGUGGACGGACAGGAUGGCGACCCAGUGCCGGAGCUCCAGGUGCACGGCCGAAAGAAAAGGAUUCCGGCGGGAACUCGACUCAUGGCGACACAAACUCAUCCAUUGUGUCGGGUUUGAAAGUAUACUGGAGGGAAUAUAUGGACCAAGGCUGCUGCAAGAUCUCAAUAUAUUUGAUGAGUGUGAACCAGAGACUGUGGAUGAUUGGUCCAUGAAUGCAAACUGCUCUUUUUGCAACCUACAGCUAGAGAAACUGAAUGACCACCCUGCUGUGGCCGUGCCUGGCUCGCCACCCCCUGCUGAAACCCCCCCACCUCAGGGCCUGUCCACCUCUGAUAAACUCCAGUGCCAAGCAGACCGUUUCCUCAAUGCUAUAUUUCGUAAGAAGGAAUUCCCUCAGAGCUGCGAUCCCAGCGUACCAUUGGUGGCGCAGGAGUUGAUGCGCAAGAUGAUUCGGAGGUUUGCCUUAGAGUAUGCAUGUAAAAGCCAGGCUCACGAAGGCCUGAAUGGCCUAAGUGACAAUUCUGAGCUUCUCUCCCAUCAGCUGGAUCGUGAUGGGCCUCUGGAUCUCACCAUCAGCCGAGCUUCUCAGGCCCUGCAAGUUGGAGUACUUGACCUCUCCAAGAAAAACACAUCAGCAGAAAAUCAAACUACUCAAAGAAAGUUUUCAGGUUCCUUAGGGCCAAGUGUGGAAGACCGGUCCAGACUGGAGAAGGAAGGUGGUUCUAAAGCUCAUGUGGUCUGGAGAGUCACUGUGUUGGAGAAGGUCCUGUCUUCACUUUGUUCCCAUCAUAGACUGCUCCUCUAUCAUAUUUUAAAGGACAUGCAGGAAGAUUAUAACACCUCUGUAACACUACGGGAUGCUCACAGAAGACAGUUUAAGGCUGGAUCUCUCUGUUGCCAUGCUGAUAAAAAAUCAAUUAAUGAAGCCCCAAUACUUUCAUUAAGUGACUGCUCAGUAACUGCUGGCAUUUGUUGCAGAAAAGCUUGUAGGUUUCCAACAAUUGCAUUUUCUCCUCUAUGCAUCUGUCUGAGGAACAUUCAUGGCAAUUUCUGCCAAAAUACAUCUAUGGCACGUGUUGGCCAAGAUAUCUGUUCUAACCCCACUGUUUGUUGUACUCACUCAAAACUACCCUCAUGCCAGCUUCAGCACAAUGGUGACCAUACCUACAUUUCUCUUGUAAGAGAAACUCUAAUUAACCAUCAGGGUGAUUGUAACUCUCACAAUAGAUGCAAAGGAAGCCGUAGUCCGUCCCCACCACCACUAUCACCAAAGCCAGUGGACCUGGACUGUAAAAUAGCGGUCAAGUCCAGUAUCUUACAAAUUCAGGACUGCAAGUCAUUAAACAUGGCACCUCCUUCUCUCUUACCUCACAGAACCGAGGAUGAAGAUACAGCUUUGUACUCUAACACUCCUCUUCAUGUGGGAUCUCCUGAUGAAUGUUGUGAAAAAGUUUCACUGUUGCAUACACAAGCAGAGAAGGAGAAUGACCACCAGUGUGGGUCUUUUAUAGGAGAUCUAAUGGAUAGAGUCACUGAAAAGCUCAGAAGUAUCCAACCUUCAGAGAAGGAACAAAAUCUUCUUACCCAUGCCAGUCAAAUCUCCAAGACAGAUGACACCCAUUUGACCGAGAUUAUAACAACUGUGUUACACAACAGUAGUGACAAAGAUUACAACCUUAAUGAGCUUUUACAACAGCAUGUAGCCACUGAACAGCGAUCCCCUCAGACACGUUCCCGUAAGAGACUGGAAACGUUAGUUGCCAUGAGCAAGUCACCUGAUCUUCCAUCAUCAAGAAGACAAAGCUUACAAAUCAAAAGAGAUCUUGCCAGACUUAGUCCAUCAUAUUUUAAGAGGAAUAUAGGGUUUGAGAGAGAGAGGUCCUUAAAAACUGGUAAAGCCGCACAGCUAACAUACUCUCUUGUUGAACAAUCGGAUUGUAGAAAGUUGGACAGAAUACCCAGGACAGUGGACUCAAAGCCUGUGAAAGAUACCUUAGAAAAUUUGACCACAUACGAACAAACUAAGGAGACACAGAAUAAACAAAAGAGGCAAGAAACUCAACCCCAACAUGCAUGUCUUGAAGAACCACUGCCUCUUGAUGAAAGGGCACAAUUGCAAACAACUGAUAGUGACCAGAAGGUAAAAGCAAAAACUCAUAAAGAGAAAAAUCUGACUGUUCAAGUUGGAAGAGCCAGGCGAAAUAUUGUACCACCUCAGCGUUUCUCUUCCUAUGUUACUGAGCCACGGAAAAUGUAUUUUGCAGCCUGUUUUUCGGAAAGUAUAUUCACCAAGCAUUCCCCUAAUGACAGUACCUCAACAGCACUUGGCUCUACAGAAGAAAUUGCCUGGCCAAGUGAUACAUGUGACAAACAGCCUUUUCAAACUGAGGAUAAACAAGCAGACCGUGAUGUGCCACAGAACAUAACUUCCUCAAAAGACGCGAUUUCAUCCAAAAAAGAGCCACCGUGUGUGCACAAGGAUAAUGGAAGGAAUCCUGAUAAAGAGACUGCAAGAAAAAGGAAACCAUGCCAGAAUUCUACUUCACCAUCAAAAAGAUCUAAUCACCAUAAGACCAACAGUCUAAACACUGACUCUCACAGUCCUACUGAAACUAUGUCUAACGUUACUACCACUGAGAGUGGACAAGAAGCUAAAGCAAGCCUGUCUGGACUGAAAUAUGAUAGUCCAAUAAAGCUUAUGUUUGUUUCCUCUGUGACAGGUGAAGAUGGUGUAAAAUAUACUCUCAAAACAGCUGCUUCGAGCUCAAAUUCCCAUGGAGAGAUGUUUGAUCCAUGCGUGGAAUCCUCAUGGGCAGGUAGUGUCACCGAUGAACAUUUCCAGGAUUCAGUCUUUGAAUCAGCUUCAGGGAGAACUGUUGAACAUGGUGGGAACACUUCAUUAAAAGUGGUUUCACUUGAUGCAGUAUUGCCCAGUUGUUCAAACAAUGAAGAUGAAAUCCAAGAAACACUACCAAUAGUACAUGAAACAUCCCCAGUAAAAAGGCGUCCUGGGCGCCCCCAAAAAAUAAGACCACAUAUUGUGAAGUCUGUGAAACGUCCAAUCGGCAGACCUCCAAAACCCAAAAUAACAGACUUCAGUUCUUCAACUGGUACAACCAUUUCCAGUGCAGUAAAUCAUAGGACAACAGAAAUGUCUUGUAAGGAUGAUGGAAACAAAAAUCUAAAAAUCACCAUAGUGAAUGGAAGAUCAAGAAGGGCAAAAAGAGUCGUUUCUGAAGAUUUGAGCAAUAUCCAAGAACAUCAACAUGUUUUUGAACUAUUAAAUGGAGGCAUGUACAGUGAAACAUGUUCUGGAAAGACUAGUAGUAAUGAUAAAAUGACCAAGGAACUGCUUAAGGAUCACCAUUUUGUUAUGCCUAUUGAAGACAGAAAAUGUGUCUCUUCGAGCAACACCAUCAAAUGUCAAAGACACUGUGACACAGCAGUGUCCAGAAAACCAGGAAGACCUCCCAAAAUCAAAAUUUCUGGGAUCUCUGUCACUGUCACCCCAGGGUCACCAAGGCAACGAAAGAUAUAUAUAAAAAGGGACACAAAAGAUUCACAUCUGCUCAGAAAGACUCUUCUCGUUGAAAUUAAACCUCCCAAAGAGCAGAAGACAAUCUGCAUUCCUACUGACAUUCACAAGGAUAUAGUGGAUGCACCAAAAGAACAUAGUCAGAAUACCAGAGGGCAGCUCAUACCAGUGAGGCAUUCUGUUAGAGAACGGAAACCCUCCAUUCAUUUGCUCCACUCUGUUGCUACUGCCAGAUCCUGCGCAUUGGUUCGCAGGUCACGAAAACUACUACUGAAUAAGUCCAGCCAGAAUACAAAGAACAGACAAGAACAAGAAGAGCUCCCAAAAAAUCCAUUUUCCAUGAGGACCAAGAAUGUCAGUUGCAUACAAGACACGGUUCGGUUUUCUACAACUUCGAUGGACUCGAUUUUUUCAUCAAAUGAGGGCUUCAGGUGGUGGCCCACCUUAGCAUCACCUAAAACUUUAAAUGAAGAGUUAGCAAGGAGGAUUAGGCUAAUGUCCAACACUUGGGUAUCAGAUGUCCUCGAGGCUAACAAGUCAGGAGAGGUUAAAUCAGAUCUUAAACCAAAAACUUGUGGGGAGCUCAGAGGUUCUGCUAAGAAGUCUGCUUCUGCCAUCAAAAUGCUUUUUGAGAGGAACUAUAAUAUGGAGAAGCUCUGUACUUGGUUUAUGCAGUCCACAGAAACUCAGUCCCUUGCUAUUGUAAAGAAGACCACUGCAAGAAAUCCCAAGGAUGUCUUUCACUACAACCUCAGCAGACCCAAUUGCAAAGGCAAUGUUUGCCCAAGUCCACAAGCAGAGAGACUCAGAAAACAUGUCAAGAAAUUUGCUAAAGUUGUCCCAAAGAGUCCUUCAAUGCACAAACAAGCACAAGAAUUGUUCUCCAAGUCAACUAGGUCACAAGCCAAGAGAAAGCUUUUUGAUACAUCAUUUAAACAGGGGCAUGACGUUAGGCAUAGAAUGUCUAGGUCUAGAAGCACAUGGGUUGUCUAUAGAACAGCUCUGCUUAGAGCGAGGCAAAAGUUUAAAACCAGGCCUAGGAUAACAUUAAGAGGUGAUAUGGCACACAAAGUGUUUAGUGACCAGAUAAGGACAAGGACUUUAGGUGCUGAGACUCUAGAAUUAUGGAAAGAAAUGCCUAACGUGGUAGGUAAGACAUCCAGACCAAUCACAAAAGUUCAAAAUGCAUUAAAGCUUCUAGUCAAAACUCCUCAGAAAAUGACUGGGAUUGCCAGUAUUUCAAAGCAGAACAGAAUCAGCUCUAAAGCUUGGAGUCCAGAGUCCCUAAAGCAGUGCAGGGUGUUUCUGAAAAAGAUUAACUCCCCAAACACAAAGUCAGCGACAGAGGAAUGUAACAAUUGCACAGUAAAGCUCUAUGAUGUCUUGCAUCAAGAGGAGAAUGAGGAUGUUUUGGUGGGAGGGACACCCAGUACAAUUAACCUUCCAAUACAGCUGCACUCAUCCCCAAAAAGCCAGAGCAAGGGAGGAAGAAAAAGAGGCAAACGGAAAAGUUGGAGCACAAGUCCAUCUCCCCCAACAAAAAUGCUCAGACAAUCAAGGAGCAGCAGGGGUGUUCUAGGAGCAAGGUGGUGUGACUUUGUGCUCGGUCAUUGAAAUAACUUGGGACCAGUUUUUGGACAAGACAUGUUCCUGAAUUCGAUCAUAAGGUGCCUUUCAACAGUGGUCUGGCUGAGUAUCACAAGCAUUAUGACAGCAACCUCUGCAAGCGUCAUGUAGCAAAAAACAACUUUAAGACACUUCUUGCACUAUUUAAACUUUAGUUUUUACGUUUGUAAAAUGUUUUAUUUACCUUUUAAAAUCUACUUUGAAUUUUAUUUUUGAUGCAGACCAUGAGAAAAUCUAGUUACAUGAAGGAAAAUCAAAGGUUACAAGAGCAUUAUGUUGUUUGGUUUGCCCAAAUCUCAGAAUUUAACAUUAAGGCAAACUUUUGUCUAAUUCUGGAGAAGACAAGUUCAUUUAACUUUUUUUUUUUUUUUUUUACACUUUAUAAUCUUUUGUGUUGUAAGAGAUCUUUAAAUGGGAUUUUUGUGAAUAUUUUUAGUUUUUAAACAUUGCUGAUCUUUUUAAGUUGGGAAUAUAUUUAAGUAUUUUCUUAUAUUUGCUGUUAAUGUGUCAGACAAAAACUGCCCACUUAAAAUAAUUACAAUGCAUUAUGGAAUUUGAAAAUGAUGGUAGUGUCUCCUCUUUUUGGGUCUCUGUUUAUCUCCUCUUAUCCUGUAUUUAUGGAAACCUCCUGUGAAUUUAGACUCCUUGCUAAGUUGUGGGAAGUCAUUUAAGCAUUAAUUUACAUCCAGGUUCAUGUUCUCAUUGCACUACCAAACUGCUACCUGUUCCAUUUUUAUUCUGACUUAAACCAUUGUUACAAUGUACAGUGUAUUUUUGGUGCAAUGUUUUGCUCUCAGAAAGAUGUAAGAUUCUCUUUUCCUUUCUUUUAAAUUAAAAGCUUUUAAGAUGAUCCAGAGGCAAAUGUUCCACAUUGUUUCUUAAAUACAAAAAUUUAUGUUGUGCAAAUCUUAAUUUGUGAUCUAUUGCAGUAUGUGACAUCUACCUCCUGAAAUCUACUGGUAAAGCAUGUUUGAUUGGUCUAAACUGAUAAACCCUUUGUUGUAACCAUGUCAUUCAUUUAGACCUCUACCAAAAACGUUCUAACUGGUUAUAAAGCCUGUAUGUUUAGUUAGUUAUUUAAAUGCUGUGUUGUUCUAGUUUUCAUCUGCUGUUACGUGUUACCAAUCUGUGCCCCUGCCCCAGAGUAUAUAGAAGUUUAAAAGCGUUGAUGUCCACUUAGUUCAUUUAGGUUCCCUGUAACAAAACUGGUGUGCAUCAGUGCAAUACAAGUUUAGUCAGUGCUACACUGAGUCCACCUUAGAUGUAUUUAAAACUGGUUUGUUCGGUUGUCACCUAGUUUAUUCUAUUAGAUUUAAAUCAUUGUCUGGAUGCUUGUUAGCUAGAGACGUUUGUUCCGAAACUGCUAAAAUUAUUUACAUCAUAUACAUACUCUGUGCCAACAUAAAGAGGCUUCCAUCAACUGCUUUAUAGCCUCAUUAACCAUUUAACCUGCUGGAGUAAUCCAAAAACUGUCAAAAGUACAGACAAAAUGGUGCAUUCUUUAUACCUAUGCCAACCAUAUGCUGGAGUUGAAGCUUAUGAAAAUUGGCAGAAGGCCUUCUGUAUAUCAUCUUGUUUAAAUCUGCCAUUUUGAAGUUUUGGCACUGUAAACUUGUUACCUGGUGCUAUAUGUUGUACAUAAACAUGCAAAUUAUGUACACGCAUUGUAUUUUCUCUGUUUUUAUACUUGCCUUCAAAGAAGUUGUCUCAAUCGUUAGAACAAUAAAAGCUCUUGCAAACUGA